CCCGGAAGUGAUUUGCCUGCGAAAACACAAGGGCCUAUCAUUCGUUGUUUUUAAAACGAAUGAUGCUUUUUCGCAAUUACAAUAAAUGAAUUGUAGCAUUUUUAUACAUUACUGUGGCUCAGUGUUGACCUCGCAAACCGAGUCUUUGCUCUCAAGUCCCCGUUGUAUACUUAAUAUACAACAUCGCUGGCAGGCUUCUUGUGUUCGGCAAACAUGCCUCUGGGUUUAAAACCAUGUUGUGCUGUCUGCAAGACCAAUUCUUCUUCUAUGUGGAAAAAGGGAAGCCAGGGAGAAAUUCUGUGCAACAACUGCACAGGUAAGAGUACAUCUAGUGGAGCAUCCGGAGCGUCGGUUUCAUCCGUUAUUCAGCAGAACAAUGGUGGAGGAAAACAGUCCAAACAGGAAAUCCACAGACGAUCUGCUCGGUUACGGAGCACCAAAUAUAAGGCACCAGCAUCCGAGAAAAAAGUGUCAACCAAAGGAAAGGGAAGACGACACAUUUUCAAAUUGAAAAAUCCUAUCAAAGCACCAGAAUCAGUGUCGACUAUCAUUACCUCAGAGUCCAUGUUUUACAAGGGCGUCUACUAUCAAAUAGGAGAUGUAAUUAAAGUAAUAGACGAGGAGGAUGGUAAACCGUAUUACGCUCAGAUUCGGGGUUUCGUCCAGGACCAGUACUGCGAGAAAAGUGCUGCAUUAACUUGGCUGAUCCCAACUCAAACCAGUCCCCGAGAUCAGUUCGAUCCAAGCACUUACAUUGUUGGUCCUGAAGAGGACUUGCCAAGAAAAAUGGAAUACCUGGAAUUUGUAUGUCAUGCCCCGUCGGAAUAUUUUAAAUCAAGGAGUUCCCCCUUUCCAACAAUACCAGUUCGUCCAGAGAAAGGCUAUAUUUGGACUCAUAUAGGACCAAAACCUGCUGUUGCCAUUAAAGAAACUGUAGGGUGAAUUUACCCUUCACAUUACUGUAUAUUCAGAGCGUUGAUGAACUGAUCAUUCUUUUAUUUACAAUAUUAAAAAAACACAACUGACAAUUAAAACACUUAUGCAACAUAAAAGUGAAAUGACCAGUAAAGAUUGAUUACAUCUA